AUGUCGUUGACCAACACAAAGACGGGCUUUUCUGUAAAGGACAUUUUGGACCUCCCUGACACGAAUGAUGAAGAAGGAUCUAUCACUGGACCGGAAGAAGAUAACGAGGGAUCGGAGACGACAAAAACCACUGGAGUUUUGGUGCAAAGUCCGCUAGUAAACGUUCAAAAUCUGCCUAUAAAGAACCGCUUUUAUGAUAGUAGUGACAAUCCUUACACAAGAUGGCUUGCCACCACAGACACUAUCCAAUAUUCACGUAAGUAGCCAACUCUUUAAGAAUCGUAAGUUAAUUUGCAAUGCAGUUAAAAGUUAAGACUUUUAUCUGCCUGUUUUGUGAGUGAGAACGCAUCAUAUGUAUGUUAUCCAAUUUAUACUUGAUGGAAUGUAUAAUCUCUAUUCCGUCGUGUCUGGGCUCAAUGGUGCCCUUGAAUGAUGUGCAGCGUUCAUCUUUAUUCGCCAUGCAUUGCUGCGCUCGUCUUAAGGCGUUACCACCAUUUAAAUAAUUUCAUGUUUACAUGUGCUCUAGUUACACUAAACGUUUUUAGAAUAUGAUCGAUAGAGACUUGUAAAUGCAUCGACUAUAAAGCCACAUAAAAUCGACUUCAGAAAUUUGACCCUGUGUAUUACAUUUUUGCAGGAUGAGGAUUUGUAGGCAGACAGUGCAUGGUGUUGCUGCUUCAGUGAAUCACGUUCUUUUGGGACUGAUGGGAAUCAUUAUUGUGGGUCCCAACAUUUAAAAAAAACGAAUAACAUUGUAUUUUGGCUGUACAAACGAAAUGCGUUACUUUAACAUGUUGCUUUGAAAAAUUCCUAUUACAUGUAGUAGCCUAGCAUUUCCAUGUGUGCUUGGCAGGUGCACUUCAGCAGAGAAAACAAUUUUAAUGGUUGUAUUUUGUCUCUCCCACGCAGUGCAUGGUCUUUCAGCUAGUUCUCAAGACUCAGCCAAGUCCCCAGAACCCUCUGCGGACGAAUCGCCAGACAAUGACAAGGAAACUUCAAGCAACGGCAGCGACUCCGGUAAGAAGCGAAAAAGAAGAGUGCUGUUUUCCAAGGCACAGACGUACGAACUUGAGCGUCGGUUUAGGCAACAGAGAUACCUCUCCGCGCCAGAGAGAGAACACCUCGCGAGUUUGAUUCGCCUGACACCAACUCAAGUGAAAAUUUGGUUCCAGAAUCAUCGGUACAAAAUGAAGAGAGCGCGCGCUGAAAAAGGUAUGGAAGUGACCCAUCUCCCCUCUCCCCGGCGGGUGGCCGUACCUGUCUUAGUCAGGGAUGGAAAGCCUUGUCAUACUCUUAAAGCUCAGGACUUGGCGGCCACUUUUCAGGCUGGAUUCCCCCUCUCGGCGUAUAGCGCCCAGACCCUUCAUCAAAUGCAAUAUAAUGCUCAGUACAGCGCCGCCACCACGCCACAAUUCCCUUCAGCACAUCACUUGGUGCAAACGCAACAGUGGACUUGGUGA